UUUCUUCUUCGUAUUAGAUAAUGCUUUCUUCUUCAUAUCAAGCAAUGAUUUAGUGUUCGCUAAAGAUGAGACCUCUAAUCUCCAAUACGAAAUUGGGUGAAAGUGUGCUGUCUUUAUCAAUUAACUUCACUAGUCCUAAUGGGAGAUAAGUUAGACCACUGAAGUGCAGUACAACUGAAAUUUCUAUUUUAAGCCUGAAAGCUCACCACAUAAACCUGCACGGUUAAGAGAAAAUACAGUUGAAAAAUGCGGAACUCUUUUAUUUGGCAGAGAUUGCAAAGUUCAUGGGUAUAACUACUACCGUGGACACAGAUGCCAUACAAGGGCGAGGGAGCUAUGAAGAUCGUACUGAAAUGCUGCGCCUGAUUGUUGAUCUUGUGGAGGCAAGUUUGUAUGCUGAUAAUCCUAAAUGGAGGUUAGGAUUUAACAUAAAGUUAGUAUUGAUUAGACUCUUUAGAUUUGGAAGCUGAUUCUAUACCUUGACCCAAUGUUUAGAGUUUGUAGAUCAAUCAAGCGUGCCCAAUAAAGUGUGUCUGGAGCAAGGUUCGAAAUUGCGUAUUGCAUCGUCAUGGCAAAUUUUUGGAAUUGCAUAUUGCGUAAGCCUCAUUGCGCAAUGAGGCGUGUAUAUAUAUCAAUUAGCCGAAAAUGUUAAAAGUUGAAGAAUAUUAACAGAAAAUUAACAAUAAUAUUAAGUAUUAAAUUCAAUAGAAAAAAAAGUACAAAACAUAAGUAUCAAACAUAGAAGCAGUACCGUAGAAGAGGAGUGUCUGAAAGAUGAAGGUUGAAGAAGCUAAGUAGCCAAGUAAAAAGAAGGUGCAGGGAAGAAAAGGUUAUUGCACAGAGAGUUGCGCAUAAUAUGAAGAUAAUAUCACCUUUUAUGGUAUAUACCCUGAACCGGAUAUGUGUUUUUUUAAAAAGUGGGCUCCGUGGGCCCAAAAAAACCUUACACACCAGACCAAAUUUAGGGUACGCCUUAGCACGCCUCAUUGCGUAGGUUUUAUUGUGUACGCCUUUACGCACAUAACGUACGCUUUAACCAUGUCCGCCAUAUGCAAUGCAAUUUUACGCUAUGCACCUGGAAAUAGGCGAGGCGCGCCAUAAGGCGCUAUGGCAUUGCGCAAUUGCAAACGUUGGUCUGGAGUGCACGAUUAAUUACAUAUACAACAACAUCCAAGCCUUAACCCCAAAAGAUUUUGGGGUCGGCUAACAUGAAUCGACAUGUGACUAUUAAUUACAUAUACAACAACAUCCAAGCUUUAGUCCCAAAAGACUAUUAAUUACAUAUAAUGAGAUAAAUUACUUGAAGGUAGCAUCAUAUUAUGUACUAAGUGAAACCAAACAGAGAGUAAUGAAGGUGCAAAUGCAAGGCAGAACUCGCAGAAGUAUUGAUGAACAGGUAAGUAAGGACAUUCAGCUAAUUGAUGCCAUAUCCGAAAAACAAGUGCAAAUCUUUUCUGAAGAGUGCAAGUUGUUUCCUUCAGAUCCAAUCCAUAUAUCCGUUUUCACUUGCAGGCCUGAAAUUGGCGAUUUGGAGAAGCAACUCGCAGAUCAAUCUAACAGACUUGUUAGUAUUCAGGAGAAGGUUGAUGAUUUAGCAUCAAAGCAUCCAUAUAACCCGGAUGAGGAGUACGUGGAGGUUGAAGCAAUAUUGCGGGCCCAUUUAGAAACCUUCCUAGAAACUGCUAGACCCUUCAAUACAAUUUAUAACAAGGAAAUACAUCCCUGGACACACAUGAUGGAGGUACCACAAUUGCAUGGAUUUGGGCCAGCAGCCAAUAGAUUGCUGGAAGCAUAUAAGAUGCUUUGGAAGUUCCUAGGUAACCUGAAGAACCUAAGGGACUCUCAUGCAGCAGUGGCGGUGGGGUCAUCGACAGAAACAGUUGGGGGAGAGCCAUCUUCUGUCACCAGGAUAAUCUCAGAAUGUGAAACUGCCUUGACUCUUCUUAACCGCGACCUCUCCAUUCUCUCUGCUUCCAUUGCUCGCGAGCAAGGUGUUGAUGACGACUCAUGAGCCCGGGAAGAGAAUAGAGGAAAAAGAUACAAAUGAAAUCAAUUUGUCCUCUUUCAGUUUUUUCUUAUUCUUUUUAUUUUUUUGGGCAAUACUCUGUAUUAGUUAACCAGCCUUUAUCUAACCUACUCUUUAAACACUUUUAAGGGAAUUAAUAUUCUUUUUCGUUUUGUGUCUGUGGGGUCAUUGGGCAACAAUGUUUUAAGCGAUUAUCAUUAGUGUUGC